GAGGAGGAGGAGGAGGAGGAACCGCAGCAGGACGAGGAGGAGGACUUGGUCUUGGCGGUGCGGAAGUUGCCCCCAGUUUUCCCGUGUGGGGAGCCCCGGAGCGGCCCGAUGGGGCGGGGGGCGACGGGCCCGCUCCUCCUCCUCCCCCUCCUCCUCCUCCUCCUCCUCCUCCUCCCGCUCCUCCUCCCGCCCCGCCCAGGGGACGCGGCCGGCCAGGCCGGGAGCCGGAUUCGAACCCAGGCCCGGGCCGGCCCGCCGCGCCGCCGCCCCUCCGGGGACACGCCAAAGGCUCCGCGAUGGCAUAUCGGUCUUCAGCCGUGGGCCAGCGUGACUCGAUCCCUGAAGGAGGAAGCUCAGAGGUUCCUGAGCUAUAUCAGCACGGUCCAGAUCUCCUGCGGGGCCACGAACGUCAACGGCCCGACUGAGCCCUCCGGAAUCACACAAAGGCCCUGGUCCGUCUGUCUCGAUGCCAGAUUCAGCCUCGUUCACCGAAUCCGGAACAAGAGAUGCCUUCUCUACUCAGUGGGGCUGGAAAGCGCCGACGCCCAUUUCGAGGCGGACAUGGCCGAGGAGGGGUGCGAGGUGCACCGUUUCGACCCCGGCAUCCGAUCCGCUCACAUCCAGGAAGGCCAACGCCUGUGGCAUCACCGCCUGUCCGUUGACUGGCGGGACCCCAAUCCGGCCGCCCCCGCUCGCCAACGCUACCGCCGCACUAAAAAACUGGGCGACAUCUUGAACGAAUUCGGACACUACAAGAUCGACGUGCUCAAAGCCGACCUGGAAAGCGCGGAGUGGAAGAUUUUGGAAAACCUGAUCCUGGAAGACGUCCUCGACCAGAUCGGGCAACUGGUCUUUGAGAUCCACCUCCACUGGCCCGGAUUUGAGGUCAGCGGUAACGACAGCAGCGUCGUCCGAUUCUGGUACAGUCUCCUCAAAGAAUUGGAGCGGAAGGAUUUGAAGCUCUUUUCUACUUACAGAGAUCUGUCUAAGCCUCAGCUCUUCCUGAGGAAGGACGGCUUCAAUUCCAGUAGCUGCUACAUCCUCGGCUGGGUAAACACAAAAUGGAAAUAAAGAAAAGCAAAUAGGUGGAAAAGG